AUGACCCCUUCCUUGUUCAUUUGCCAUGGUUGUAACGCACAGAUGAAUGCGAUUUAUAACAAUGAAGGAAACUUAGCUUGCCCAAUGUGUGGAUCCGAAUUUGUUGAGGAAAUUGAAACAAACCCAUCAACCCUACCCACCCACGAACGUCAUCAUCACGAGCCUCGCUCUGCCCAUCAUCUCCCAUCUCAACAAAUAAUAUUCGAGGAUUUAGAUGCCAUGAAUGAUGACGAUAUUUUCUCGAGGGCUUUUAAUAAUGUCAUUCAUCAAACACCACCAUCAAAUAAUAAUCAUUCUUCUACGGCUACAACACAAGCCACAACUACUACAAGAACUCGGUCAUCGUCGUCGGGUGGAUCAGCACCUCACACUCGUCGAACACAAACAAUUUCAAUUACAUUCGGAGGCGGAGAUGGAAACACACGAACGAUCACGAGAACAACGAGUGGUGAUCAACCUUUACCAAAUUUUAUGGAUCUAUUCAAUGGUUUUUCUGGAGUGGGUGCAUUAAGUCAACAACCAAAUCAGCAGCAAGGAAAUCAACAACCAAAUCCACAACAAGCACAGCAGCAAGGAUCUCAACAACAAGGCAAUAAUCAACAAAAUGCAACACCUCAACAAGAUCCUAUUUUCCAGAUUUUUGACAUGUUAAACAAUGCUCAUCAAAGACAACGUAACAACGUACCCAAUAAUUUCUUCAGAAUUGGACUUGGAAAUCCAGCAAUGUUUGAUUUUUCCAGCUUUAUGCAACACAUUGGACAGCCAUUCAAUGGCAUGACUUGGGGUGAUUAUGUCUUUUCCGACAAUUUGGAUGACAUCAUCACCAGAAUGAUGAAUGCUAUGCAAGGACAAGGUGGUACUCCUCCUGCAACAGAAACGACAAUUUCCAGUUUAAAAACAAGAAAAGCUACUGCUGCUGACUGCAAAGAUUGUGCAGUUUGUCAAGAUCAAAUCAAAGAAGAGGAAGAUGUCACAGAGCUGCCUUGUGGCCAUAUUUACCACAAAGAUUGUGUCGUACCAUGGCUUCAACGUCAUGCCAAUUGUCCAAUUUGCAGAUCAGAAAUUGGAAGUAAUGGUGAAGCUCUUCCUCCUCACUCCCACGAACACCAGCAUCAAUAA